AUCCACAGGGUUUAUUCUGGAGGGAUUUCCCCAAAACCAAGAGGAGGUGUCCUUUAUGGUGGAGCAUCACUUGUUUCCAGAUGUAGUGGCAAUGAUGUCGGUCGAGGUUUCUGACGUGGUGCGGCGUCUCCUGCCUUCGCGGCUCACACGUUGGAGAGAGAGACGAGACCGCAGGCAAGAACAGUUGCGUCUGGUCAUUAAGCUGAAGAGGGAACUCAGGGAGCGGGCCAUCACACAGAGAAGAGCUGAGCUUAUGGCUGAAUGUGCACCUAAAAAACCCAGCCCACUCACUCUGAGGCCCCUCAAAGAACAGGAUGAGGAUGACGAGGAGGUGCAAGAAGAAUCAGAGGCGAUGGACGAAGAGCAGCAGGAAUUGGAGGAGAUGGAGGCCAUGCUGCUGGAGGAGUUUCCUGCUGUGGAGGAAGAGGAGGCAGAAGAUGAAGAAACAGAAGCUGGUGCAGAAGAGAAGCUGGAAAUGGAGAUCAGUCAGAGGUUUGAGAAGGAUGACAACAGCCUCACCAGUAUGAUGGACUUACUAACAGACAACCAAAUCCCCCGUCUGGUUAUAAGUGCAGGCCGCCCGCCUCGGAUUGUGAGGUACCAGCUCCUACAGGGAAUCAAACCUCUGAUGGUUAACAGAGAGUCACUGUUUCAAAUGUGCCAGCCAAUCAGCUACAGUCUCGCCAGAAGACUCCUGUACAGAUCCUUGAAAUAUCCCAGUGCCUUCGGGUGCUGGGAUCCUGUUAAGUAUGCAGAAGGAGAUUUGAUCCAGCCUCUGCAGGGCCCUUUCAACGCCACCUUCCCUGUCAUCCUACACCAGUUCAUCUACUUUUUUGCAUCCAAGGAGACACGCAACACCUUUAUCCUCAACCCAAUCAAAUAUCUUCGUCAACCACAUCCCAUCCCUUCCUUUCCCAUCAAACUGGCUCUCAUUGGCCCACCCAAAGCAGGCAAAACCACAGUGGCCCGGGUGUUUGCACGUGAAUAUGGUCUCGCUCGUCUCUCAAUUGGGGAUGCAAUACGUAUGGUGCUCAACAACCAGGCCAAAACUGAGUUGGCUAAUCAAGUGCAAAAGCAUCUGAACCAGGGCUUGACUGUACCUGAUAAACUGGCCAUCCAGUGCCUGGAAGUGGCAGUAAUGAGCCUGGUCUGCAGCACACGUGGGUUUGUGUUGGAUGGCUUCCCUGUGACCAAGCAUCAGGCUGAAUUGCUGGAAUCCUGCAGCAUUAUUCCUAUGCUAGUGAUUGAACUGCAACUGGACACAGCAGAAGUGCUGCGGAGAGGCCUGAGGGACAGAGAAAAAAACAACAGCAGGCCGUACCCAAUGCAUGACAGCCCCCAGGUCCUAAACAUUCGCAACUCUUGCUUCAGGCGGGAAGUUGAAGCUCUCAGGCUACACUUUCAUCAACAGUAUCACAACUGGACUCCCGUUGAUGCUCACAAGAGCAAGUGGUGGGUGUGGGAGCGAGUUUUAGAUGAGGUUCGCAUUAGCUUGAGACACAUUUAUGAUUACCUGGAAAAGAUUCACAAAGGCCAGGCAGCCUGUAUAGACAGACUGUGCAUUACCACACGAGAGCUGCAGUCCCGGCUAGGGGAGUUUGGGCAGUACUGUCCAGUUAGCUUAGCUCUUCAUCGCCAUCUGGUGGACUGUUCACAUAAUACCUCACUGGAAUUGGCUGCAGAGUUCAGGGGCCACUUCUACAAAAUGACCAGCAAGGAAUUUCUAGAGAGAUUUCUAGAGUCCCCAGAGCAGUUUGUGGCUCCAGGUUGCCCCUACCCAUUACCUCCUCUUCCACUCCUGCCUCAUAAGCUCAGUGCAGGCCAGGUGAAGAGUAGGUUCCCUCAACAGGUGGAGAUGAAGGGUUUCUGCCCUGUCACUUAUCUGGAUGGUCAACAGAGGUAUGAGGCCUUGGUGCGUGGAAACACGGAGUAUGCUGUUGAGUACCAAAAUAAGAUCUAUAUCUUUGAGAAUGAAAAGAAACGAGAAAUUUUUCUCCAGUCACCUGAGACUUACUGGGACCAGAAACUUCCACAUAAACUACCUCCGUUGGAAGAUCCGGUCUCACUAACCUCUUUACCGAUCCUGGGCUAUUUGGAACAAAGUGUGGCAGUACCCAUAAUCAAAGCCAUGACUGCUGUUGGUCAACUCAAGCCAAAGUUGCCCUUUCUCAGUGUGAAGAAAUCUGCUAUAUUGUACCUGGCCUUUCAUCUGAAAGCAUUCAACAGCAGGAACCCAGACUAUAUUCGUCAGAAGUACAAAAAGAAACUUCAAAAGUUUGAGGAAAGCUGUGAGCUCAUCUCAUACCUGAGUACCACCAUGAAGACAUACAGAUCCCCUCACAACCUGCCCCCUGAUUUUGCACACAAGCUGGACAGGUUUCUGGCCCUGGAGAAGUCCACCAAAACAGCCUCGGGUCUGAUACAGCUUGGGGGAAGUUAGAACAUAACUUCAAAUAAUAAAAACCUUGAGUCAGACUCCGCACAUCACGAUAUUUGACAGUAUUGGUUGAUGUUACAUUAGUAAAAUUCAUAGAUAUACAUUAAUGUGUUCUUUUCAAUGGACAAUUAAAGAUAUGAAUG